GCGCAGUCGGGGCUGGCGUCGUAACGCCUUGGGGAAAAGGAAUCGGACGGGGCCGCGAAUCGCUGCCUGUGGCUUUUAAUUUUUCUGCUGACUGGAUUUGGUCACUGAUUCUUCAUCUUUUGUCUGUUGCACGCAUCUCGCCCUCCCCAUUUGCUUCCCCACUUCUCGGAUCCGGCCCUCUGGGCUUACACGCCAGUUCUCUCACUCCGCCGUGAGCCCCUGCUGGUCCCCGGGCGGGCCUGGCAAGGAGGCGGUAACUAUGGAGAAUAUGGCGGAGGAGGAGCUGCUGCCCCAGGAGAAGGUGGAGGUGGCCCAGGUCCCGGUCCCGACCCCGACCCCGGACUCGGCUCGGGUCCCAGCUCCGGCCCCGGAUUCGGCUCCGGUCUCGGCCUCGACCCCGGCCCCUGCCUCGGCUCCGACUCCGGCCUCGGCUCCAGUCCCAGCCCCUGCCCUGGCCCAGGCUCCGGCCCUGUCCCCGUCCCUAGCCUCUGCCCCUGAUGAGGCUGAAAGCAAUGGUCUAGUUAGCCCUUUGAAAUCAGUCUCAUAUAGGCAAGAUGAAGAUGGCAUAUCUGAAGUAGAAUUGAAAAUUGAGGAAGAAAAAGAAGUUUUAAAAGAACCGCCUAGCAUCUUGGAAUCAUCUGAUUUAAUAAGAGGGAGACACAUCUCAAUUCAAAGGCAGCUUGCUGAUUUAGAGAAGUUAGCUUUCGUAACUGAAGGGGAUUGUGACUCUGCCAAUUCACUGAACUCAGAUAAUCUUGAUGCAGGAAACAAACAGGCUUGUCCACUGUGCCCCAAGGAGAAAUUCAGAGCUUGUAAUAGUCAUAAGCUUCAUCGUCACCUUCAGAAUUUACACUGGAAAGUCUCCGUGGAAUUUGAAGGUUACCGGAUGUGCAUCUGUCACUUACCUUGUCGACCAGUGAAACCAAACAUUAUUGGAGAACAGAUAUCCAGUAAAAUGGGCGCCCAUUAUCAUUGUAUCAUUUGUUCAGCAACAAUCACCAGAAGGACAGAUAUGCUAGGACAUGUCAGGCGCCAUAUGAACAAAGGAGAGACUAAAUCCAGGUAUAUUGCUGCUUCUGCUGCUAAACCACCUAAAGAAAUUUUGAAAGAGGCAGACACAGAUGUACAAGUUUGUCCUAACUAUUCUGUACCUCAGAAAACAGAUUCUUAUUUUAAUCCCAAAAUGAAACUGAAUCGGCAGCUGAUAUUCUGUACACUGGCUGCUCUGGCUAAGGAGCGAAAACCUUUGGAAUGUCUAGAUGCCUUUGGAGCAACUGGGAUAAUGGGAUUACAAUGGGCAAAACAUCUCGGAAAUGCAGUCAAGGUUACAAUUAAUGAUUUGAAUGAAAACUCUGUGACGUUGAUUCAGGAGAACUGCCAUUUAAACAAAUUGAAAGUGGUUGUGGACAGUAAGGAAAAGGAAGAAAGGGACAAUAUUCUGGAAGAAGGAGAGGAAAACCUUGGUAAUAUUAAGGUGACCAAAAUGGAUGCCAAUGUACUAAUGCAUUUGAGAUCUUUUGAUUUCAUACACCUAGAUCCUUUUGGAACAUCUGUAAACUAUCUUGAUUCUGCAUUCAGAAAUAUAAGAAACCUUGGCAUAGUAUCAGUGACUUCUACAGAUAUCAGUUCUUUAUAUGCCAAGGCACAACACGUUGCCCGGCGUCACUACGGCUGUAAUAUUGUCCGAACUGAAUAUUACAAGGAGCUAGCUGCAAGAAUUGUUGUAGCUGCAGUGGCAAGAGCUGCAGCCCGAUGUAACAAAGGCAUAGAAGUACUGUUUGCAGUGGCUUUGGAACAUUUUGUGUUGGUUGUUGUGAGAGUUUUGAGGGGGCCAACUUCUGCAGAUGAAACAGCCAAGAAGAUUCAAUACCUAAUCCAUUGUCAGUGGUGUGAAGAGAGAAUUUUUCAGAAAGAUGGUAAUAUGGUAGAAGAAAACCCAUAUAGACAGCUACCCUGUAAUUGUCAUGGAAGCAUGCCUGGAAAGACAGCAAUCGAACUUGGACCUCUGUGGUCAAGUUCCCUUUUCAAUACUGGAUUCCUCAAAAGAAUGCUAUCUGAAUCUUUUCACCAUGGUUUAGAUGACAUUCAGACCCUAAUAAAGACAUUAAUCUUUGAGUCAGAGUGUACUCCUCAAAGUCAGUUUUCAGUUCAUGCACCUUCAAAUCUCAACAAGCAAGAAGAAUGUGGUGUAUUUAUUAAAACUACAGAUGAUACAACAGAUAAUUACAGUGCACAAGGAAAGAGAAAAAGUAAUGAAACAACUGCAAAUUUAGUCAAGAGGCAAAAAACGGAUGUCAAUACUGAACAUCCUCCCUUUUAUUACAACAUCCACAGACACAGCAUUAAAGGAAUGAAUAUGCCAAAGUUAAAAAAAUUUUUGUGCUAUCUUUCUCAAGCAGGCUUUCGAGUAAGCCGAACUCAUUUUGACCCAAUGGGAGUUCGUACAGAUGCACCUCUAAUGCAGUUUAAAUCCAUCCUUUUAAAGUACAGCACCCCCACUUACACUGGAGGACAGUCAGAGGGCCAUGUCCAACCAGCAUCCGAAGAUACAGUAGCUGACAGGGUUGAAAUGUCAGUGAAGGACAAAGCAGAAGCAGGUGGUUGCAGAAGAUGGUAAAUGUAAAGGAAAGUUACUCAGAUAUCUGUGUUGGUGGCCCUAUAGUUCUCUAUAACAACUGUAGUGCUUUUUCUAUUCUUUUAAUUCAGUUGUGUAAAAAUACAAAACAGUGCUCUUUUCAUUCAAAAAACUAGCAGUUUCUAAUUUAGCUGGUUUGGGAGCUAUGCUUUCCAAGUUUUUCUUAUUUUAAAGAAAACUUAAAUUUUAAUGAAAACAUUUCAUAUGAAGCCAAGUUUGUGACUGAGAUCACCCUACUGUUUAAUAACUCAGAAAAUUUUUACAUGCAGAGUGUUUGGAAUUUUAUCUGUUAUGAAAAUAACACAUUACUUAAUCUCAGCUCUAUUUAAAGUGAUUCAUGAUGUUUAUCUUUUCUGUUUGUAAUGUGUAAGAUGAAUCCAGAAUCCUUUUAUUAAAGUGACCCUAAACAGGAGGAAUAGUGCCCUUUCUGAUUACUGAUGUAUUAUUUCACAAAUACAAGCUAAAAUAUAUUCCCAAUUUCAGGAAAUCUUCUCUCUCCAACUAAAUACUUACCAGAGAUAGACAUACAUUUUCUUCUAAGUUUAAAGUCCGAAUGAUUACACUUUAGAGUAAGAUUUUGUUAAAAUAAAUUGAGACUACUGUUCUAACAGUUUACAAGCACGAAAUUCUGAGGAGAGAUUUUGUUAUGAAUUAAACAAACUGGGUGAUCUCAAGUGCCUCAGUUAAUGCACGUACAAUAUUCAUUCGCUUGGUUAUGCUACCUCUCAGGAGUAAAACUUGUCACCUUAUGAAUUUAUGAAGUGAGGAUUUUCUUGCUUUUUGGGGUGGGUUUUUUUGGUUGUUGUUUUGCUUGUUUUUUUGAUUUGUGUAUGUGCUAAUUUUUUGUACAAGUAGCCCAGGCUAACAUGACUACGAAAAUUAGUUGGAAAAAAAAAUCUUGUUUCCAUUAAUAAAUAUGGUUCUUGCUUCAUCUGAAUAUAAGAGUUUGUAUGAAAAGGUAUACCAAAAAUUUAGAUUUCUGUCUCAAGAAUUUAAUACACAUUUAUCUAAGUGUUUCUUAGAAAAAGUAACUUUUUUACAAGCAUUAAGCUUGGGAAAUGGAGGAAGACAAAUGACUGAAAGGUUUAAAUAUAUCAUGUGAAAAAAAAACCGCUCCCAUGACAUACACAGAAAUUUAGGGAGCUGGGGUUGCAUCACCAUAGAGUAUUAAUUUAGAAUAAAAGAAAAACUCGUUAUUACAGCAUAAUCCCAGAAGGAUGCUUUUUCUUGUCUUGAAUUAAUGUCUGAGUGACUUUCACUUUCUAAAAGAAUAAACCUGAAGAUGUAAAAUAUAACAAGAAAUACCAAGUAGAGGAAAAGGUAGUAAAAACAUAGAUGCUUUAGAAUGUGUUUGAACCUAAAGGACUAUCCAUUUAAAACAAAUCAAUACAGAACCGUGGAACCCCACGGUAACCACAAAACACAACAGGUAACACAACAACAAGGACAGACCACAAGUACACCACAAAGGAGAAUCAUCAAACCACAAUGGAAGAAAUAAGAAAAGGGACAGAGAAGAACCACAAAGUAAGACAAAAACAAGUAAUAAAGUGGCAGUAAGUACAUACCUAUCAGUAAUUAAUGUCAACAGAUUCUCAAGAUGGAACAUUAGGUUUUUAAGAUCUCUGUAAAUAUAAACAUCAAUAGCUGUAAUUUCACCAUGACAAGGCAGUGAUCCCUGAAGGGUGAUGAUAUAUCACUGUAAUGGCAGAAAGCAAAGAGGAACUAAAGAACCUCUUGAUAAGGGUGAAGGAGGAGAGUGAAAAGCUGGCUUAAUACUCAAUAUUUAAAAAAACUAAGAUCAUGGCAUUCAGUCCUAUCACUUCAUGGCAAAUAGAAGGGAAAAGGUGAAAGCAGUGACAGAUUUCCUCUUAGGCUCUAAAAUCAUUGCAGAUGGUAACUGAAACCAUGAAAUUAGAAGAUGAUUGCUUCUUGGCAGAAAAGCUAGGACAAACCUAGACAGUGUGUUACAAAACAAAGACAUCACUUUGCCGACAAAGAUCCGUAUAGUCAAGGCUAUGCGGUCUUUCCAGCAGUCAUGUACAGAUGUGACAGCUGGACCAUAAGGCAGGCAGAGAUGGAAGAAUUAAUGCUUUCAAACUGCGGUGCUGGAGAAGGCUCUUGAGAAUCCCUUGGACAGCAAGGAGCUCAAACCAGUCAAUCUUAAAAGGAAAUCAACCCUGAGCAGUGAUCAAACCUGAGCCCCCUGCAUUGGGAACGUGGAGUCUUAGCCACUGGACAAUCGAAAAGUCCCUACCACCCUUUAUGUUUCAUUACGUAGUUAACUUUACCAGUGCUAAUUUUUGUGUGGAUUCAACUUACUAUCUAACGUCCUUUCAUUUCUGCAUGAAGGAGUCUUCAGUAUUUCCUAUAAGGUAGGCAGGUCUGCUACUGACAAAUUUGCUCUGUGCAUCUUAAUUUCUUUCAUUUUUGAGGAGUAAUUUUGCUGCAUAUAGAAUUCUAGGUUGAGUUUUUCUUGCAGAGCCUCUGGGCCUCCAUGACUUACUAUGAGAAGCAAGCUGUUAAUCUUAUUAAAGAUUCCUCACAUGUGACCACUUUUCUCUUGCUGUUUCUCAAAGCCUGUCUUAUUUAGCACUAGUUAGGCUUCUCAGAUGUGCAUAUUCUUUUUUGGAAAAUCCUGAAGUUUGAGGCAAUUAUUUCUCCAAAUAUACUGUAACCUCUUCUCUCCUUCUAGGACCCCCAUUAUGCUAUUACACUUGAUAGUGUCCCACACAUCUCUGCAGUUUUCCCCCUUCAUUCCUUUAAGUUUUAUUUCAUAUUGCAAUAUAGCUGAUUUACAAUACUGUGUUUCUAUUUCUUUUUUUCUGAUUAGGCUACUCUCAAGUGAUAACCUCUCGUUCAAAUUUGUUGACUAUUUCUAGCAGUUCAAAUCUGCUUUUGAGGGACUCUAUUGAAUUUAUUUCACUUGUUAUAGUUUUCCAAUCCAGGAUUUCUAUUUGCUUCUUUUAUCAUAAUUUCUCUUUAUUGUAUUCUCUAUUUGGAGAAAGAUUAUUCUCAAAUCUAGCUUUUAAGACAUGGUUUCUUCUAGUUCUCCAAACAAGCUUUUAAAGGCUAACAGAAUUUUUGCUUAAUAAGUUCAACACCUGGGCUUUGUCCCAGACACUUUCUUUGCAAGUCUUGUAAAUUUUUGUUGAGAAUUAAACAUUUAAAAUAAUAUAACAUGCCAACUCUGAACACAGAAUCCCUUCCCCUCCUCAGGUGUAGCUGUGUUAGAACUUCUUGGACUGAUUCUGUAAAGUCUGCAUUUUUUUUGCUGUGUGUGACCAUCAUAUUCUGUUUUGCUAGCUUAAAUGUGAGUGAUAUUUGCUCAGUCGUGUCCAACUCUUUGUGACCCCAAGGACAAAGAGCGUCCUUUUUGCCAGGCUCCUCUGUUCAUGAAAUUCUCCAGGCAAGAAAACUGGAGUGGUUGCCAUUUCCUUCUCCAUUUUGUUAGCUUAGAGGUUGGCUAAUGAUUGGACAGAAAUGUCCUUUAAUGCCUUUAAACAGUUAACUCUCCUAAUCCUGAAGAAGUGGUCUUUGAAACUGUUGGGCUAUGCCUUCAACACUUCAACAUGCAGUUUACAACUCUGCCUUAGCUUUCACUUCCUACUUACAGAGCCUCAAGUUCUGUCACAGGUUAGAUUAAUGCCUUCAUUUUUCUUUUGGGUAUGCAUACAUCUUAUACAUGCAGCCUUCUAGAUUCCCAGGAAUAUGCUGGAACUUUUCAAAGCCCUCUACAGACAUGACAUUUUUGUUUUGUUUUGUUUUUUUGGUCAGCAUCUGUUUAGCCUCAGCUGUUAUCACAGCCUCAAGCAGCUUCUAUGGUAAACAGACUAAAGACAGAGAUGUUUGCACAGAGUGAGUAGAGUGAGGUCAAAUAAAGACAAAACUCGAGAACACAGCUUUUCAGUGAGCUACCGGACAGGUCAAAUAGUGACAGCUCUCUAGAGCGGGCUUUCUGUGGAGCUUCAAGUUCCCGCCAGUGGCUACUAGGUGCUGGUCUUAACAGCUGGCACGGUUGCAAGGCUGCUCCUUUUCAAGGCUGACCUGGAACUGAGGAAAGAUGGUCAGGGAAAUUUAAAAUGUUACAAACCACGUUGUUACAGUUUCUGUCAAAUAAAUGCUUUUUAGACAACUGGAAGCUUUUAGUUAUUUUUUUAGAGUUCUGACAAAGUUGAUUUUGACAACUUUUAGUGUUUUUAUGGAACUUUCAUUGUUUUUAUGGAACAACAGAUUUUCAGAGGUCCUUCCUUACUCCAUUAAUUCAGAAAAGUUGUCAAAGAAGCCAUUUUUAUAGUUACAACAAUGGAACACUUAAUUACUUUUCCUUUCUAAUAAUUAUGUUUCUAAGACUUAGUAAACCAAAUAUUUCUAAGUAGAAAUGUGAUGGGAAUUUAAAAGAGAUCUUUCCUCAUUUGGCAUUUCAAUUAUUUCAUGUUUAGUUCUCCAAGUUAAGAGUCCUAAGACUCAAUUUUCUCAAAGGUACAAGUGAAAUAUUGUCCUUCCCAGUG